UCUUUAAAGGUAAUGUUUGAUGGUAACAUGACCCUCUUUGUAGCAUAUGUUUGAUGGUAACAUGACCCUCUUUAUUUCAGAAUGCUCAGCAAAUAAUUGAUCUCACAAGUGCAAUGAAAGAAAAGGAGAAAGAACUUCAGCUCAAAGAUUCAAAGCUGAUGGAUGCACUGGCUCUAGAGAACAGUUUAAAAGCUGAAAUAAAGCAUUUAGAACAUACUGUGUUUGAACUGGAAGCUACAAAUCAGACAUUGAAAGAUGAGCACCAAGCAUUACAGAUGGCAUUUACGGCACUGGAGGAGAAGUAUCGUAAAGUUCAGGAAGAAAAUAGUGAGCUGAUGGCCCGCUGGCUCAAUCAGAAGAUGAAGGAGGCGGAUGUAAUGAAUCAAGAAAAUGACAGGUUUUUCAGACACAAACAAGAACGUCUACAGAAAGAUUUGGAAGAUGCUGCUAGUGAACCAGUUCAGAUCAAGGCUGAAGAGAUUGCUGGUGUGUAUAUGAGAGGUGUUACUCCAAUUUGCCUAAGUGCAUCAUUACCAACAAAAGCUCAGUGUAAAUUGGAUGCCCAUGAAGGGGAGGUAAAUGCUGUAUUAUGGAGCCCCACAGGAAGUUUGUUUGCAACUGGGGGAUCAGACAGAAAAAUCAAACUCUGGGAUUAUAAUGGAGGUCAGUGUACAUGUAAAGGGACAUUACUGGGAAGUAAUGCUGGUAUUACUGCCCUUGAGUUUGACUUGGAUGAAGAAUUUGUACUUGGAGCAUCAAAUGACUAUGCCAGUAGACUGUGGUCUUUGUCUGAUCAGAGAUUGAGGCACACGUUAACAGGUCACAGUGGGAAGGUCUUGACCGCCAAAUUUCUUGGUGAUUCUACUAAGGUAGUAACAGGAAGUCAUGACAGAACAUUAAAGAUCUGGGACCUUCAUACAAGAGCGUGUUCAAAAACAAUAUUUGCUGGAUCAAGUUGUAAUGAUUUAGUUACGUUACAUGCUAGCAGCAUAAUAAGUGGACAUUUCGAUAAACGUGUAAGAUUUUGGGAUCCACGUUCAGAUCAGACAAUCAACGAGAUUUCAUUGCAAGGACGAAUCACAUCAUUAGCUUUAUCACCAGACCGAGCAACACUGAUGGCAUGUACACGAGAGGACACAUUGAAAGUGAUAGAUCUACGCAUGAACCAAGUUGUCUACACAUUAAGUGCUGACAACUUCAAAGUAGCAUUUGACUAUUCUAGAGCAGUAUUUAGUCCUGAUGGUAGCUAUGCAAUGGCAGGAUCCUCUGAUGGAACGUUGUAUAUCUGGAAUAUAAAGAAAGGCAAAGUCGAGAGAACGCUGAAGGAACAUACGCAUGCUAUAAUGGCCUGUUCUUGGCAUCCAUCAGGCUCUGUCAUACUCAGCUCAGAAAAACAGAAGAAAGUAGUUCUUUGGUCGGACAUUUAAUGCAACAUUUGGAAUUUUAGUGUGUUCCUCCAGAACAACAAAUGCUGAACGUUUUUUUCCUAUGUGUAAAUAUUAUGCAACAAAGGAGUGCAGACAGAAAAGCAAAUAGUUACGAUAGAUUUAUUUUGAGUCGGCAAGACAUAUUUAAAUUACAUUCUGAAGAAUUUUUUAAACAGCUAUGUAAUACGUGUAAAAUGGACACAAUUAAGAAAUGAUGAUAUAACAGCAUAAAGUCUAUGAGAAACAUGCUUAUUUUACCAACUGUGGUUUAAAACUGUUUGAAAGAAGAGAUAGUUAUGAGGUGACCAGGAAUAUGAGACAAAAUUGCUGUAAUUAAAAACGUCUGAAAUCAUAGUUGUUCCCAAGGUUGUAAGGACAGCAAGGUCAUGGUGUAAAUUUUCUGUUAAAUCUUUGCUAAGUUACGAAUAACAGUAAUCAUGCUAAAUUGUAACAUGUUUCCCUUGAUUGCUCCUCAGAUAUAAGACAAUACCAUUGUUAUGUUACAUUGUUUAUAGGGGCUAUAAGGAUAGUACAUGUAAUAGGUUCUUUUUGAAUUUUCAGAACAUCUUUUAUUAGUUUUGGAUUUACCAUCCAGAAACUAUUUUGUUAGGGUAUUUUCAUUUGUAUAUUUCAACAAUUUUUGAAACAAAAAAGUUUUAAAAUCUCAGUUAAAACUUAAUUUGUUGAUGAUUUACAAAACCUACAGGCAGUAAAGCAACGUUUACCUGUAAACUUUGUGAAAAUGGAUCAUGUUUUUUUAUGCCCCCGAAGGGAGGCAUAUAGUUUUUGAACCGUCUGUCGGUCUGUCAGUCUGCCAGUCUGUCAGUCUGUCCGCAAUUUUCGUGUCCGGUCCAUAUCUUUGUCAUCCAUGGAUGGAUUUUCAAAUAACUUGGCAUGAAUGUGUACCACAGUAAGACGACGUGUUGCGCGCAAGACCCAGGUCCGUAGCUCAAAGGUCAAGGUCACACUUAGACAUUAAAGGAUAGUGCAUUGAUGGGCGUGUCCGGUCCAUAUCUUUGUCAUCGAUGGAUGGAUUUUCAAAUAACUUGGGAUGAAUGUGUAACACAGUAAGACGACAUGUGGCGCGCAAGACCCAGGUCCAUAGCUCAAAGGUCAAGGUCACACUUAGACGUUAAAGGAUAGUGCAUUGAUGGGCGUGUUCGGUCCAUAUCUUUGUCAUCCAUGGAUGGAUUUUCAAAUAACUUGGCAUGAAUGUGUACCACAGUAAGACGAGGUGUCGUGCGCAAGACCCAGGUCCGUAGCUCAAAGGUCAAGGUCACACUUAAACGUUAAAGGUCAUUUUUCAUGAUAGUGCAUUGAUGGGCGUGUCCGGUCCAUAUCUUUGUCAUUCAUGCAUGGAUUUUAAAAUAACUACGCAUGUAUGUGUGACACAGUAAGACGACGUGUCGCGCGCAAGACCCAGCUCCGUAGGUCAAAGGUCCUAAACUCUAACAUCGGCCAUAACUAUUCAUUCAAAGUGCCAUCGGGGGCAUGUGUCAUCCUAUGGAGACAGCUCUUGUUCUUACUUUUUUGAUGGGCCAGAAUUUUACACAAAUUUGUAUUUUGUUAUAAAAUCAACAUUAUUAGAGGUAUCUUUAAAAUUCAAAAUUUUCCUGCUACCUCCCCAUGGAGACUUUUAGAUAUAUGUGUAUCUUACAUUUUGAUCAUGCAAAAUGUAGGAGAAAUUAAGAAAAAUAUUGUUACAGAUUUGAUGGAUUAAACAGCAAGGCAUUUGUAUUUUCUCUGUAUGCGUACAGUAAAAAAUAGACGCUCAAAUUCAGUACAAUGUAUACGUUUGUUAUGUAAUGCUUACAUUGACUACCAGUCCCAAAGUAUGUAGUUUUCUGAAACUAAUUUCUAUACAGAUUAUUGAGAGAUAUUUGUAUAUAUCUGUAUGUCUGAUCACAUAUAGCUGAACUACUGUAGAAUACAUGUACUUCUAACCUUAGCAGUCAGAGAAACAUAGGAAAUGUCAAGGUUGGAGGCAUUUUUAGCUGUAUUGUACUGUGGUGUAAUUGAGAGGUUGACUAUUUCAUUGCAAUGAUCAGAUCUUCAUGUUUUGAAGGAGUUUAUGAUUUUCAGUAGCAUUGCAUAUGAAAUUUUUUGCCAUUUUAGUGAAAUUGAGAGGUCAUAAGUUUACAGGUACAUUUUUUAUCUGAAUUUUUCUUUCUGAAUCAUGAAAAGAUUUGUUAGACACUUUUAUCCAGGCUUUAAUUUGUACUUAAACAAAGGUCUAGACACAUAGAUUAUUGUACCAAUUUUGGUUAAAUGCAGGUAUUUGUCAAAACGUCUUUCAAGAAAGUUGAUUUAAACCAGGGUGUAGUUUGUAUAGUUUUUAGACCAUUUCCUAGUAGUAUUUGUAGUCAAAACCAUGGUAUUGAUACAAAUUAAUUGAACAUAGACAGGUAUUAUUUAAUUUUUAGCUUGACUAUUCAAAGAAUAAGGAGAGCUUUCCUACUCACCAAGGUGAUGAUGUCACAUCUUGGUUAGAUAUUUCAAACCAGUCCACAUUUUGACUAUUAACCUUUCGACAUAAUAUGAGCCAUGACAUGGGAAAACCAACAUAGUGGGUAUGCGACCAGCAUGGAUCCAGACCAGCCUGCGCAGUCUGGUCAGGAUCCAUGCUGUUCGCUAAUAGUCUCUCCAAUUCCAAUAGGCUGGAUCCAUGCUGGUCGCAUACCCACUAUGUUGGUUUUCUCAUGGCACGGCUCAUAUAGCUUUUAAACUUUCAGCAGUUGGGUACCCUCACCAUCUCCAGUUUUAAGGAAGAGUGCAUUACUCCAUCAAGGAUUUUUUCUGAAUUAUUGCCCCUUUUUACUUAAAAUCUUUGUUAAGUUUUUUGUACCAGUUUAUAUCUUGUGUUUGACUGUGGCUUUGAAACUUGAAUCACUUGUUCAUUUUAACAGUCUCUAUUGUAGGCAAGAGUAUAUUACCCUGUCGACUAUUUUGGCUGAAUUAUGGCCUUUUUUGGACUUGGAAAUUGGUUCAGUAUUUAUACAAGUCCAUGUUUUGUCAAAACUAUUUGACAUGUGGCUUUGAAACUUUGAACACUUGUUCAUCAUCAUUAUCUCCAUCUGUAGUCAAGGGUAAUGAAUUUUGGCCUUUUUUGGACUUGGAAAUCUGUUAAUUUUUUUGUAGCAGUUCAUAUUUAGUCUUAAUGUUUUGAUAUAUGACUUUUGGAACUUUGACUAUUUGUUUACCAUCUUAGUCACCAUAUGUAGGCAAGUCUACAUAACUAGGACAAAGAUUUGGGCUCAGUUGUAGCCCUUUUUUGACCCCACACUUAAUCAAUUUUUCAAAUAGUCGAGAGUGCUGUCAACAGACAGCUCUUGUUUGUUUUAUAUUUUUACUCUUCCUGGUUCUCAUUUAGUUUAAACUUUUUGAAGUUUGCAAAUCUAGGUUUGAACAAAUAAAAACAUUUGUUGUUUUAAUGUAAUUCACUGAGAAAGUACUACAGUAGAAUAUAUGAUUCAGGCAGAGAUACCAUUAGUAAAAAAAAUUAUGGCAGUUAAUAUUGUGUACAUUUUUUGUUUUUAGUGUUUGUUUAAAUAUGAAGUAAUUUACCUGUUAAAGAACCACCAGAUGUGUAUUAAUGUAUGAUUUCUUUCUUGAGCAUAAUAGAUUCUGCUUAAUAAUUUAUGACAUAAGUCUGUGUUACUGUAAACAGACCCUGUAUUAUCUUAAACAGGGCAUUAUGUUGUGAUUUAGGUCAUAUUAUGUUAUUGAUACAUUUGUUUUUUGUGCAAGAGGUUACUGAUGAUAAACAUUUAAGUGGAAAGUCAGUUACUUACACCAGCAUUUACAAACCAUCAGUACUUUUAUGAAUUGGUGUAAUUCAUUUAAGCUUCUUCUAAAAUAUUAUGCAAGUCAUAUUUUCAUUAGUAUGUCAAAGUCAUUUUUCUUUUGUGUUGAUGUAGAUCUAUUAUGAUAAUUUUUUCUGUCCUAAUACUUUUAUUUUAAAAAUGCAUGUAUCAGAAAGAUAAAGCUUAAAGGUCCAAUACUAAGGAAAGUGAACAUUUUAAUUUCUUUUAAAAAGCACAGAAACUAUUUCAUUUUAUUGGAAAAUGAAAGUUGGUAUGUAGAAAUUCGAAAUAAAUCGCAGUAUAUGUACAAUUAUUUUUCUAUGAAGUAUGAAGAAAGUUAAAAAGACCUGGGGGUCAUUCUGUCGAUUCAUUGAAAUUUCAUCAUAAUACACAUACAUUUCUUUGAGUUCCAAAGACCUUCUGUAAAUUUUGACCUGCCAAUCUUCAUUAUUUAGUGUCUUGCAGAAGUCUAUGCACUGGCUAUGAAAAAAAUUGCCAACUCACUUUCCCUUAGUAAUGGACCUUUAAGUUCCUAUGAGUAUAAAAAAAAGUUGUGUUUCUAUCAGUCAGAUAUAUAUAUUCCUUGCUGUAUUGAUUUACCACUCACAGAACUUCUAUCUUUCCUUUCUUACACUUACUAUAGAUAGGGUAAUGAUAGUGGCACUUUUUUAAAAGAUAAUCAGCAGACAUAACUACAGUAUUAUGAAUUCUUCUUUUAUAGUUUGUAAAAGUUUAUGACAUAAUGCUGCUGUGUGUUCACACAUGUUUUGGACUUGCAUGCCAGAGUGGCCACAUGCCACAAUGUCCAUGUGCCACAAAUGCUGAGUAUAAACAAAAAUGAAAACCUGGGGAAUAUUACCAAACCUACAUUAUAUAAAAGUUGCACUGUCUCAUUGUAGUAUUUCAGCAGAAAAAAAACUAUCAAGACAGCAAAAACUAUCAACAGGGUUGCCAGCAGUCUUGAAAAGUCAGGGAAAUUGGUUUCUUUUUCAAGGUCAGGGAAUUGUCAGGGAAUUUUAAAAUUUGGUCAGUGAAAAAUGAAAAUCCUGGAAAGUCAGGGAAAAGUGAUUUCAAAGCUCGAAGAAGUUAAUCAUUUUAAACUUUUGUGGCUAUGGCAGUCUUCAAGCAUUAAAUUUAAGUAAUUAAAAACAAAGUUUAAUGAUGUAAUACUGUAACAUUCAUUUAAUUUGUUUAAAUCCCUGAUUUUGCUUGAAGACUGAAAGGCUUUGCAACCCUUGCCUCCAGAGCUAACUAACAUUUUUUUGUUAUUUUGUAGGAAAGUGACACAUGAAGAGAGCCUACAACUAACAUUAUUCUAAUACACUUUUUUUGUUGUAGGUACUCCAGGUGUUUUCUGGACACUGUAUAUUAAGAGAUCUUGGAUUUUGAGAGUGAUGCUUUGUCAGUAUGAUUCCAAUGUUCUUGCUGUGUUUUAUUGUUUUUGCCUCUAGGAAACUGUAUAAUAACAGAUCUUGGAUUUUUGAGAAUGAUAUUUUGCUAAUACUAGCAGGGUUCCAAUGGUCUUGUUAUUAACCAUACUUUAUUGUGUUUACCUUGAGGAAAGUGUACCUUAAAAGAUGUUAGAUUUUUGAUAGUUACAUGUCUUGCAAAGAUGCUUUUGAUAUGUAUCUCUUAAUAAUUAGGUUUCACUGACCAAUAGUCACAAUUAUUUUCAUUGACUUGACCACCAAACAGUCAUACAAGAAAGAAAACCAUGUUUAUUAUCAUUGUGUUUGAUGUUUAUGUUUAAUAUAUUGGAAAAUAAAUACAAAACAUUUGGAAAAAAAAUAAUGGGAGGAUUGGACGGCUAUAGGGGAGGUCAGGAGGCCGUUCAAAUGUUUGGCGGUUUUGGUCAGUGAAAAACAUGAAUUGGUCAGGGAAAAGUCAGGGAAUUUUAUUCACCCAGAAUGCUGGCAACCCUGAUAUUCAAGACAAUUAGCAAAACGUAUUUUGCAACACUUGAUAUGCUGAUAUUUUAUUUAAAAUUUAAUGGAGGAAUAUAUGAAUUUCUAAAAUUUGGCAGGCAUACUUUUAGAAAUAUUCAGUGAAUAUUAAUUUGAAGAUAACUUAUGAAAUUUCAAAACAGUUCAUUGAAUAAUUUAUUUUAUGAUGACAUCCUUUGUUUAAGUCACAACAUACACUUAGAGAUGUAUUGUAAAUCAGGUAAAAUACAGGUUGGUUUAAAUUUCAUGUAACUAGGGUAACAAACAAAUUUAUAAUUCUUAUGAUUAUAAGGAAGUAUUUUCUCUAACAGUUAUUUACUACAUGUACACAUUUGAAAUCACAGCUUCUGUAUUGAUUGUGUUUUAUUGUGGUGAUGGCAACAUUAGAUUUGUUUAAAAUGGUUGCUACUUUUAUUUUGGAGAUAAUUUAGAACCUGUUUAUAAUCAUAGAUCAUGUAUUAGAUUUACUACUGACUUAAGUUCAUGCUUCUUUGGCCAUUUUUGUUUCGUUUUUCUGAUAAUGUGAUGAAGUGCUAUACCAUUUAUUCUUACCUUUCCAUAGAACUGCAUCGUAAUUUCUUGCAUUUCUACUACUUUUUGCUGAAUUCUUUAUUCUGUGAUAAUAGCAUAACAAAUUUAUUAUUCUUAAAUAAAAUGUGUUCAAACUUUA